AUUCUUUAAUAGUACUACUUUUUUCGUCCCGGGAAGAAACGGCGGUUGUCUUGGUCGCCGACGGCGGAUGGAGUGUGCCGCGCGUGGGUUUGCAACGCGGUGCGUUGGUCCACCGACGCGGAGGUGUGGCCAGUGUGGUUCUGUAGCGUAUUGCUCCGUCUCGCAUCAGAGUUCACAUUGGAGCUAUCACAAGGAAGAAUGUGAGAGAUUAGAAGAGCAAAUGCGUCGUGUUGAUCUGUUAAAUGAUUUUCCAUUUACAUUUACAGAAGAAGCUACAAUUCAGGUUAGUCAAAAACAUGAGACUAGGUGCUCGUUUCUCUGUAAACGGGAGUUACAUCGUGUUGGAAUGUGGAUGUAUGAGUGUAACUGUGGAGCUUCUGCCCGUUUUUCGGCUUUCGAUAGCUUUAAUAAUGACGGUUGGCAUCUGCCGAGCUCUUCUUGUCCAUGUCGCGGUCCUUUAUCUCCAGUAACAAAACAGCUAUGUAGUUGGACUGAUUAUUCCGAAUGGAGAAAGAUACCUCUUGAUUCUCCUGUGGCUCUACUUCUCCACUGGAGCUUGCUGUUAUUUCAGCCACUUACGAUAUAUCAUGCAAUUCAAGCCAUUGGGUUGGGAAAUUUAACUCCCCAAAUAAGUAAUGAACUUCGUAUACAUUAUCUUGGCCCUCAGAAAGAGCUUGGCCAACUUGGUGUCUUCACUGAGCUGCAAGCCCUCUUCCCUGGUCUGCGCAUACACGUAGAGCUUGUUGGACCUGACGUUCCACAACAUAUGGAUGGAGAGAUGAUCUCACUUAGCAAAUAUUCCCCUUGCACGGAAGAAGAAUGCGAAUGUAAUUAUUCAAGCGAAAUUUCCGGUAGCGAAUCUGCCUGCUCUCCAGCUGUGUCGUUACAGCUCCAUAGAGGAUUUUACCAUGAUCGUUACACCGACAUAACAAAGAAUUCACCUCCUCCUCACAUAGUGAUUGCUCCAAAUGCUGGCGUCGCUGCAUAUCCAAGUUGGUUGCCAACUAUUGAACUGAUAAAGGAGAUAAAAGUGCCAGCAGUAUUCUCUGAUUACUGUGAAGAAGCUUGUCAUCUGGCGGCUUGUUGCAUUAAAACCAUCACAGGACAACCUAUAUCAUUACCUAUUCAGUUGAAUCCAUUUAGACAGCCAAUGGCAGUGGAGGAGAGUCCUCUGUUUAUUCCUUGCUACUCAAACUGCUUCAUCUUCGCAAUGUAAAACUCUCCAAACUUAUUGAUCGACUCUGUGGUUUGGUGUUAUGUGCUGGGAGGGAUCGGACCGGUCUAUGGACCAACAUUAUCUAUACAAUGAAUGUAGAAAAUGUCACAUCAUUUGGUUUUUGGUUGUUGUAGUUAUUUAUGUGGAUAGGACCAUCAAGUGCAUACAUACAAUCAUUGUAGUCUUAUAAAUCUUAGGUCAAUAUUUUUAUCCCAUCAUGUAGUCGCAUUAUUCAUUUCUAGUGAAACUUUGCAAUUAUUUUUGUCA